AGGAAUUAAGGAUUAUCGAAAUGGUGAUUUCUUGUUCCGCUUUCAAUUGUGCGAAGCGAUGGAGUAAGGAAAGUGACUUACCAUUUCACAGGUGAUAAGACUGCCGAUACAAUACGACAACAAUACAGACUUAGUGCGUUUGCUAAUUCGAUGUUUUUGAACAGGUUUCCUCUAAAGCACCCAGAGCUGCUAAAGAAGUGGAUUACUUCCGUGAAGCGGAAAGAUUUUAAACCCAAGUCUUGCAGUUUUCUUUGCGGAAACCCUUUCCCACAAGAUGAUUACGUAGUGAGCCCUGGAACGUGGAAGAAACGUCUCAGAUCCGAAGCAGUGCCAUCAAUUUUUGACUUUCCGACACAUUUGAUGCCACCAAAUAAGCAGCCACGACGACAUUUUAGGAUUUUGAGUGACUACGAUGCUUCUCCAUUUGAGCGUUCUGUCCUGGAAUCCGUGCUUGAUUUGCCCUCUGCAGAAGCUACUGAUUGCGUGGAGAAUGUUGUCAAUGAGAAUUCUUCCGUGGAAAGCAUGUCCCAUUUAUCCAAUGCAGAAGCUACGAAUUGUGUCGAAAUCAGUGCAGUUGGUUCUCAAGUAAUUGAUUGUGGUAUACAGCCGAAAGUAGAAAUGGAAGACAAGCGACCGAAACUUGCAAUUUUUUCUCAGACAUUGUGCACGAAUUAAAACGUAAACUGAAGUGUGUCCGUGAAAAACUUCGAAGAAGAGAGAAGAAAGUGUUUUCCAUGGAUGACAUCAUAAGUUCAUUGAAGGAGAAGGGGCAUCUUCCUGAAUAGUUACAUAACUUCCUCAAUCAUCAGAAAGGAACACAAGUGGAAUUAGUGUGCAAUUUAGUGGACAACUCUCUCUCGUCAAAGGGUAAUAGAUACACAACAAAUGUGAAAAUGUUUGCGAUGACUGUGUACUUUUAUUCACCAGCAGCAUAUGAAUACCUGCAAAAAUUAAUGCCUCUGACCCAUAAAUCAUUGAUUCCCAAAAGGGGGGCAAGUGUCGACUGUGAAACUGGCUUCUUAAAAGAUGUUUUUAAGUAGGCCUACAUUGAUUCGAACCCAAUUGUAAGGGACCAGUUCAGCAAUUCAUGUCUAAUUGUAGACAGUGUGGCACUUAGGAAGCAAGUAGUUUGGGACCAAGGAACUAAGCAAUACACAUGUUUUUUAGA